GGCUCUUUCCUGGGUGGGGUUUCUGAAGUCGUGGCCCGUUAGCAGGAAGCGGAGCAGUCGCUUUGACGCUAGUGUGGGACCCAAUCUGAGCACCCGGCUCCUCCGAGUCUGAACCCGGUGUACUGCGAGCUUAGUGCAGCCCGACAGUUUCCAGCCGAACUUUGCCAACUCCGCCAGCGCUGCCGCCACCAUGCCCAAGACGAUCAGUGUGCGUGUGACCACCAUGGAUGCAGAGCUGGAGUUUGCCAUCCAGCCCAAUACCACUGGCAAGCAGCUGUUUGACCAGGUGGUGAAAACUAUUGGCCUGAGGGAAGUUUGGUUCUUUGGUCUGCAGUACCAGGACACUAAGGGUUUCUCUACUUGGCUGAAACUCAAUAAGAAGGUGACUGCACAGGAUGUGCGGAAGGAAAGUCCCCUGCUCUUCAAGUUCCGGGCCAAGUUCUACCCAGAGGAUGUAUCUGAAGAACUAAUCCAGGAUAUCACCCAGCGUCUGUUCUUUCUGCAAGUGAAGGAGGGCAUUCUCAAUGAUGACAUUUACUGUCCACCUGAAACUGCGGUGCUCCUGGCCUCCUAUGCUGUCCAGUCUAAGUAUGGUGACUUCAAUAAGGAAGUGCACAAGUCUGGCUACCUUGCUGGAGAUAAGUUGCUGCCCCAGAGAGUCCUGGAGCAGCACAAACUCAACAAGGACCAGUGGGAAGAGCGGAUCCAGGUGUGGCAUGAGGAACACCGGGGCAUGCUUAGGGAGGAUGCUGUCCUGGAAUAUCUCAAGAUUGCUCAAGACCUGGAGAUGUAUGGUGUGAACUAUUUCAGCAUCAAGAACAAGAAAGGCUCAGAGCUGUGGCUGGGUGUGGAUGCCUUGGGUCUCAACAUCUAUGAACAGAAUGACAGACUGACUCCCAAGAUUGGCUUCCCUUGGAGUGAAAUCAGGAACAUCUCUUUCAAUGAUAAGAAAUUUGUCAUCAAGCCUAUUGACAAAAAAGCCCCGGACUUUGUGUUCUAUGCUCCCCGCCUGCGGAUUAACAAGAGGAUCUUGGCCCUGUGCAUGGGGAAUCAUGAGCUGUACAUGCGUCGCCGCAAGCCUGACACCAUUGAGGUGCAGCAGAUGAAGGCACAGGCUCGGGAGGAGAAGCACCAGAAGCAGAUGGAACGUGCUCUGCUGGAAAAUGAGAAGAAGAAGCGUGAGAUGGCCGAAAAGGAGAAGGAGAAGAUUGAACGGGAGAAGGAAGAACUGAUGGAGAGGCUGAAGCAGAUUGAGGAACAGACUAAGAAGGCUCAGCAAGAACUGGAAGAACAGACCCGUAGGGCCCUAGAACUUGAGCAGGAACGGAAGCGUGCCCAGAGUGAGGCAGAAAAGCUGGCCAAGGAGCGUCAAGAAGCUGAAGAGGCCAAGGAGGCCCUACUGCAGGCCUCCCGGGACCAGAAGAAGACCCAGGAACAGUUGGCUUCAGAGAUGGCAGAGUUGACGGCACGGAUCUCUCAGCUGGAAAUGGCUCGAAAGAAGAAGGAGAGUGAGGCUGUGGAAUGGCAGCAAAAAGCCCAAAUGGUACAGGAAGACCUGGAGAAGACCCGUGCUGAGCUGAAAACUGCCAUGAGUACACCUCAUGUGGCAGAGCCUGCUGAGAACGAACAGGAUGAGCAGGAUGAGAAUGGGGCGGUGGCCAGUGCUGAGCUGCGUGCUGAUGCCAUGGCCAAGGACCGUAGCGAGGAGGAACGUACCACUGAGGCAGAAAAGAAUGAGCGCGUGCAGAAGCAUCUGAAGGCCCUCACUUCAGAGCUGGCCAAUGCCCGUGAUGAGUCCAAGAAGACCGCCAAUGACAUGAUCCAUGCUGAGAACAUGCGACUGGGCCGAGACAAAUAUAAGACCCUGCGUCAGAUCCGGCAGGGCAAUACCAAACAACGCAUUGAUGAGUUUGAGUCCAUGUAGUGGGCACUCAGCUCUAGGGACCCCUCCUCCUUCCUUGUCCCCACACUCCUAUACUAUUGCCUAACUAACACUGCGCUAGAGCCACUAACUAGAGCAGCCUUGGCUCCAUGCCAAACAUUCAGUAUAGCCAUGGGACCAAAUUUAGCCCUUCAGCCUCCCCAUUCACAUCCCUGGGCGGACACAUGCCCCACCAUGGUGCCAAUGGAAUCUCCUUUCCCUUCUUUGUCCCAUUUUAUCUAGCUUGCUGGAAUAGACCACUUCCCCAGCUCAGAGGCUCAUUCCACUUGAUUUGACAAGCACCCCACACUUACCAUUGUCCAAUAGAACUCAAGUGUGGUGUAGGUUGAAAGCUAGCUUCCCUCUUCUGUCUUCCUCUUUCAAGUCCUGUGAUUUGCAAAGUGGGAUAGCAUGUGAUACAGGGAAAGAAGCAGGGCACUGGCUGUAUACUCUAGUAUGUCAACUGAGCUAGGAUUUAGCCUCUCAGUGUCUAUCCCUUUUAAGUGUUAUUUAGGCUUUGUAAUGAUUGGAGGAUAAAGAGAUGUUUAAUCAUUCUUGUUUCUACCUCCUAGAUUGGGCCUGUUACAAAUUCAGCCCUAAUAAGCCUUGUCCCUCAGUUUAGGGACCCAGCUUCUCCCCACAGAGGGAUGGAGGAGACAAGUGCCUUCAAGAGGCUUCACUAACAUCUUGGAAUAGAAGGCCAUGGGCCUUUCUGUUUGGGUAAAUUGGAUUUAAAAAUCUUGCCUCUGUGCUUCCCAAGAGCCUUCCUUCUCUCAAGUGAGAUCUAUGGGCAGAGCUACCCUUGUUAAUCCAGGUUCCAGGUUCCCUUUGUGAAUCUGCCCCUGCCCCCUCCAAUCUCCAAAUCUCCAGCUAGAAUAGUAAGGAUGAGCACCCCCGGUACUUAGCCAGUUGCAUCUAAAGCUCUUGUCAAAGGGAGGAAAUGUUCAUACCUGGCCUCAGUAUUUUUCCCUACCAAGGGUUCUAGGCUCCUUUCCCUAGAGUCAAUUGGGCCACUGCUCCUGCUUCACAAAUACCCGAUCUGAUGAGCAACAAUAGCUGUUGCCUCCGGUCCCCCAGUUCACUCAGCCCUCUCAGGUGCCCAAUAAUCCUUUCCCAUCAUAUCCAGUCCGAGGUGGUGACUGGGCACUGCUUCUGACAAACCUCUAAUCCAGGUCUCGUCACCAGCUGUGAUUUUCUUUGGAGCAGGAGAGCUGCUGGUGAUUCUGCCCUGGUCCCUUUCACACCCCACACCUUUCUUUCCUCUGGAACAGCUGCUUCUUUUUUGUCACAUGUGUGCUCUUUUCAUUUUUACCAGUAUUAUAUAUUUUAGUGAUAGCUAACUCAAUAUUGAUUUCUACCUUUUUAGCUAAUGCACUAUUAGAAAUAUUAGUCUUGGGACAGGAUCGUUUUGGCUUUGUUCUUUUACCACCGCCACAUCUGGGAAGCAUAAACUAUAUUAUAAAAGGAUAUUUUGCCAAAAACUUUAAUAUAAGAAGAUUUCAGUAUUAGUGGUUAUCUGUCACUAUAGGUCAUACAAUCAAUUUUUAAAGUACUUAGUAUUUGGUUUUAUUGUUCCUGUUUGCCUUCUCCCCAGGGUUCAGUCCCCAAGAGGCUAAUCAUGUUGUUCCAUGCAGUACCCCUACCCAGAGCCUCCCUCAGUUCAUGCCCCUCCUAUUUAACCUUGGGGAGUCUUGUUUGCAUUGCUGUGAAUUAUCUUGACACUUAGUGAGCUGCCCUAUAUUGACUAAAUUCAAACCUGGAAUUGUGGGGCAGUCUAGCUGCAUUAAGGGCAAUAACCCACUCCCACGGAGGCUUGGGAGAAAGGUUAGAUUUUAUAUUCAGGUUUUUUUGUGUAUUUUUGUUUUUUAAAAUAAUUGUUUUGGAGGGGUUGAUGCUCGAUCUAUGUUCUAUUUCAGUGCCAAUAAAAUUUAGGAAAACUUCA